AUGCCAUCCAAGAUGAGGCUGACCACACUGGAAAAAAGCCUGAUUCUUCUGUUUGUGGCCAUGACUGCGGCUUGCAUCGGCCUGGUUGUGGUUUAUGUUGUUGAGAACAACAGCUCCACAGGUGGAGAAACUGAAGAAGUGGUGUUGGAUUCAGGAUGUGGAAACCCAGGGCAUCUGAGUGGUGAGUCUGGAGAGUUCACCAGUGGAAAUUACCCCUACGGCUACGAAAGCGGCAAGAGCUGCAGCUGGACCAUCACUGUGGACAGCAAGAAGGUAAUCAAUUUGUGGUUCCACGACUUCUCUUUGGAGGAUUCGAACACAUGCAGUUCUGACUCCCUGACACUUAGAGACGAGUCAGGAAUUAUUGGAAAAUACUGUGGUAAAUCUGUGCCAAAGCCGGUGGUGUCACUGGGAAACCGCUUGGUGGUUUAUUUUGACACCAACGACAGAAAAACAGAGAAAGGAUUUAGAGCUGCAUACCGUGCUGUGGAUCCUGAAAUGGUUACAGAAAUAGUCGGGGCUGGUGGCCUUCUGCAAGGUGAACAAGGAGAGCUGGGGACCCCCGGUUUCCCAGAGAAGAACUAUGAGAAUGGAGUUGUUUACCAGUGGAGGAUUGCGGUGCCUGCUGGAGAGAGGGUUCAACUCAAAUUCACAGCCUUCGACCUGGUUCCUGAGUCCUGCUUUGACUAUGUAGAUGUUUUUGAAGGUGAAACUGAUGGUGUUAGUGCCAUCAAACUGGGUCGCUUCUGUGGAAACAAGGUUCCAAAUUCAAUAUUGUCCACUAGUAAUGAAUUAGUCAUUCGAUUUAAGAGUGAUAACAGUGGGAACGCCAAGGGCUUCAAUGCAGUUUACACUGUGGCUCUUGCUUCAACAACUACCAUCAAACCCACCACCACCGUUACGCCAUCUAUCACAACUGCACCAAUAGAAUCUGGCUGUGGCUCCCCAGGCCAUCAGUCUGGUAGGAAAGGUGAGGUCCAUUCGAUGUCUUUCCCGAACCCCUAUCCUGCAAAUCUAAGCUGUUCCUGGAACAUCAGUGUGCCUGAGGGCUUCCUGGUCAAAGUGCACAUCAAAGAUUUGGGCAUUGUUGGUGAAACAGGACAGUGCGGUGGGGACAAACUUAUGGUUUCUGACAGCCAGCAGUCACUGGGUACACACUGUGGUUUCAUCCUGCCACCUGUUCUCAUCAGUGUCAGUAACAGCAUGUCCAUGAGUUUUCAAUCUGAUGCUCGUCUGGCUGACCGUGGUUUUUCUGCCUCGUGGGAGGCCGUCUAUCCAGAGGAUAUUGCUGAAAUUCAAGGUUGUGGGGGUUUCUCUCGCCAGGAGACCGGGGUCAUCAAGUCAGAGAACUGGCCCAUGAACUACCCCCCCAACAGGGAGUGCAUGUGGAUGGUGCAGGUGCCUGAGGGCAAAAGCAUCACUCUGACAUUUACCCAUUUUGACGUGGAAUCAAAGGACAUCCUGCUCGGCCGCUGCCAUGACAACGUGGUCAUUUAUGAUGGGUCACAUCCCACUGCCAGAAAGUAUGGUCCCUACUGUGGUAACAGUAUCCCUUCAGUGAUCAAAACAACCAGUAACAUGCUGGUGAUGCGCUUUCAUGUUGACUUAUUUAUGGAGGAGAAAGGGUUUAGAGCAUACUGGAGCACAGAUCCCACACUGCCUGCUCCCACUGAACCCCCUGUACCACCCAACCCAUGGGAUGACAUCACUAUCGAUUGGCCAAAAACAUGUGGCAAGCCAACGAUCCCGCCUAUGGUGAACACUCGCAUAGUAAAUGGUGAACCAGCCAAAGCUCACUCCUGGCCCUGGCAAGUGUCCAUGCAGGUUUGGCCUGAAUCGUAUCCAACACCCUCUUUCUUCCACACAUGUGGUGGAACACUCAUCCAUAAGAACUGGGUUUUGACAGCUGCACACUGUUUUAUCAGGUAUGCAGAUCAGCUGCAGAGAUGGCAGAUGUGCCUGGGCAAACACAACCUGACCCAUUCAGAGCCGACUGAGCAGUGCUACAGUGUGCUUGGCAUCUAUCGGCAUGAGGGCUUCAGGUACCCCACCGUUCCCACUGUGGAGUUUGACAUUGCCCUGGUGCGCCUGGACGGAGAGGUCACCAGCACCGAUCACAUCGACUUUGCCUGUCUGCCCUCCGCUGAUGAGGAACUUCCUGGAGGAAAGAAAUGCUACGCUACGGGCUGGGGAGACGAGACGGGUAACUCCACAGCUCCUAAAGUGGCCGAGACUCUGAACCAGGUGGCUCUUCCUGUGGUUCCUUAUGAUACCUGUAAGAGAAUGGAUUACUGGUGGUUCCAGGUCAAGCCCUCGAUGAUCUGCUGUGGAUACACUCUACCUGACGAGCUCAAGUCUGUGUGUCAGGGAGACUCAGGUGGGCCCCUCGUGUGUCAGGAUGGACCUUCAGCCCCAUGGGAGGUGCAUGGCAUUACCAGCUUUGGGCCCAUCGGCUGCAUCAUGGACAAAAAGCCCAGUGUGUUCACCCGGUCAUCUGCAUACAUGUCCUGGAUCGAAAACAUCGUGCGCAAGGACGUCUACGAAAUGACCACUUCUGGUUGUGGGGGUCUAAAGGAGCAAACUGGCACUGAAGGUGUGUUAACGUCCAUGAAUCACCCCCAGAGUUAUGAGAAUGGUGCCAACUGUAACUGGAACAUCCACGUACCUGCCGGCAAACACGUGCACCUACAUUUCAUCUCGUUCUCACUGGAGGAAAGCCAGCUGUGCCUUAGCGACAGUGUCGCCAUCUCUGACCAUGUUGGCACUUUGGGCACCCACUGCAGCGCGUCUGCUCCAGGAGAUGUGAUUUCUGCCGGUAACACACUGAGCGUGCGCUUUUCCACCAAUAACAGAGUGGUGGACACAGGCUUCAACGCUACAUGGAGAGCCGUGAGCCCAGCUGACAUUGACAACAUAGUCGGAUGUGGUGGAAACUUUGACAGUCAGCAGGGAGAGCUACGCUCGCCCAAAUGGCCCAAUAACUAUCCAAACCAAGCUGCCUGUACCUGGAGCAUCUCUAUCCCUUCAGCCAAGGAGAUCCACAUCAGCUUCACACAUUUCAGUCUGCAGGCGGUGAAUCUUUUGGGCAAAUGUGUAGACUAUGUGGAGGUCUUUGAUGCAGCUGGAAAAUCUCAAGGUCAGUUCUGUGGGUCUGUACCACCCAAUCUGACCAUUGCUGGAGACAAAGCCACUGUGCGCUUCCUCUCUAAUGAAGCACGUCAGGCGCAGGGUUUCCGUGGAUACUGGACCACCGAUCCUAAAAUAGUUCCCACCCUGGCACCUACGCCACCAAAACCAUGAGACGACCUAAAGAUCGGUGGGCAGUACAUAAGAAUAAGGUACAGAAGAGUUCGGACCAUACACAUUACAGAAACCUCUUUAUUUGACCAGGCUUGGGACUGGCUCUACAACGCACUGACUGGUUAACCUCCUCCUAUGUGGAGGGGAAGGAGACCAUAAUGUUGGCUUGGGACAAAGCAAUUAAAAACUAAAAAUUGGAUCAUAUGAAAGAGAACAGAAGUGUUUAAGUCCCUACUCAGGGGCCCAACUGUGGCAACUUUGCAGCAAUGGGGCUUAAACCAGCAACCUUCUGAUUACUAAUAG